AUUGCCGUGGUUUCCAUUGAGAGAGUACCACCACAAGGAUGAUGCUCGGGGUUGUUCAAGGACAUCUCCGACACUCGGCGGCGCUCAGCGCCCCGUGGAUCCGUUCCCUCGGUACCUCUGCCGUGGCCGCUAAGAAUCUAGAAAGGGUCGGAGCUGCUGUCCAGGUUUCUGACAAGGAGGGAAUUCUCACCCGGGAUGGUGUCUCGCCCUUCGAUGUUCCGACGACGAAUAAGGUCGACUACGCUCUCGCGCGGCUUGAUGAUCUCCUCAAUUGGGGUCGGAGGGGUUCCCUAUGGCCGCUGACGUUCGGCUUGGCGUGCUGCGCUGUCGAGAUGAUGCACAUCGCCGCCCCACGUUACGACAUGGACAGGUACGGAGUUGUUUUUCGAGCUUCUCCACGUCAAGCCGAUGUGAUCAUCGUCGCUGGGACCGUUACCAACAAAAUGGCUCCUGCUCUCCGGAAAAUCUACGAUCAGAUGCUCGAGCCGCGAUGGGUGAUCUCCAUGGGCUCGUGCGCGAACGGCGGAGGUUAUUACCAUUACUCGUACUCGGUGGUACGAGGUUGCGAUAGGAUCAUCCCGGUCGACAUCUACGUUCCUGGCUGCCCACCAACGGCCGAGGCGCUGAUGUACGCCAUUUUGCUGCUUCAACGGAAGAUCAAGAGAAUGCAGAGCGUACAGCUAUGGUACAGGAAGUGAGUGUAUAUACCGAGUACUCGAGUCAGCUUUUCGGGGACGUGUAGGCACGUCAUGAUGUUGUUACUUUCUACGAGAUUGAGGGGGGUUGAGAAUAAAGUAACAGAUAGGUUUCAA